CACCACACGGUGGAAGCACCAGUAGCUUCAGCAGACAGGCGCACGUAAUGACGUCACGGGUAAGAGGCGGGGCUGGCAGGCCGGGAGCGGAGACCUGACGGGAGCGGUGGAGCCGCCGGAUUGAGGCCUGUGUGACCGGAGACAUGGAGCGGGGAGAACCGGCUGACCGUCCGCACGGCCCGUAAAGCAGCAGCCAAUGAAGAGACCUUCCCCAUAACCAGCAGCUUCAAAUGUGUCCAAGAAGCGGAGGAGACUCUUCUCAUUGACAUUCCUACUAACAGUGGCUGUAAGGUGAGAAUCCAGGCCGAUCCCUGGUCCGCCGAGCGGUUAUUCGAGAUCCCGGAUGAGGAGCGGUGUAUAGAGCUGCUGAGCGAAAUGCGUCUCAUCCAGGAAGGCGCAGUUCGUGCUAAGCCCGUCCGACCAGAUAAAAGGGAAUCCUCGAAUUGGUACCAACCGGCAGAGAAGAUAAAGAGCGCCCCCGGACCACCGCUGCAGCCCGCCGGCUCAGGGCAAAUGGGGUUCGACGAUAACUUCAGCAACUCCAAUCACGUGAAGAGGAUAAAUCUACAAAACCAACAGCAGGGAUUCCGGAGAGAACCGCCGCCGCCGCCUCCCCCGCCCCCUCCGGAGAGGCCGCCGCCUCGAGACAGGGACCCUGACGGAUGGGGUCGGCCCAAGAUGAGCAACAGCAUGAGGAAGCUCCUGGUCCCCGCCAGCCAGUCCGGGCAGAGGGAAGGGUUAAUAAAGCACAUACUGGCGAAGAGAGAGACCGACUACGUCAACAUAGAGAACUACAGAUUCUUUGUAGGAACCUGGAAUGUGAACGGCCAAUCCCCGGACGGAGGGCUGGAGCCCUGGCUGCACGCUGACCCCGACCCCCCGGACGUCUAUGUCAUCGGUUUCCAGGAGUUGGAUCUCAGCACUGAGGCUUUUUUCUAUUUUGAUUCGGGGAAGGAGCAGGAAUGGCUGGAGGCCGUGGAGAAGAGUCUGCACCCCAAAGCCAAGUACAAGAAAAUCCGGCUGAUCAGACUCGUGGGGAUGAUGAUGUUGGUUUUUGCCAAGAAGGAACAUUUCCGUCACAUCCAGGAGGUGGUGGCUGAGUCUCUGGGGACCGGGAUUAUGGGCAAAAUGGGUAAUAAGGGCGGAGUGGCCGUGCGAUUCGUCUUCCACAACACGUCCUUCUGCUUUGUGAACUCUCAUUUGGCCGCCCACGUGGAGGAUUUCGAGAGGCGGAACCAGGACUAUAAGGACAUCUGUGCGCGGCUGAAUUUCUAUCUCCCAGAGCAGAACAUCCCCUCACUAAACAUCAUGAAGCACGACGUUGUCAUCUGGUUGGGAGACCUGAACUACCGACUGUGCAAGUACGACGCCACCGAGGUGAAGGGCCUGAUCACCAGGAACGACAUUAACACGCUGCUGAAGUUUGAUCAGCUGAACAUCCAGCGGGAGCUGAAAAACGUCUUCGCUGAUUUCACAGAAGGCGCCAUCGGAUUUAUCCCAACAUAUAAGUACGACCCCAAAACUGACCGAUGGGAUUCAAGUGGGAAGUGUCGAGUCCCCGCCUGGUGCGACCGCGUCCUGUGGAGAGGAAGCAGCGUCCGGCAGCUUAAGUACCGCAGCCACAUGGAGCUGAAAACCAGCGAUCACAAGCCGGUCAGCGCGCUCUUCAGCAUCGGGGUGAAGGUCGUGGAUGAGCGGAAAUACAGGAAGGCGUUCGAGGACAUUGUGCGCAUGAUGGAUCGGAUGGAGAAUGACUUCCUCCCCUCCCUGAAGCUCAGCGUGACAGAGUUCAAGUUUGAACGAGUGCGAUUCCGGCAGCUCCAGAAGGAGAAGUUCAUCAUCCAGAAUGACGGUCAGGUGCCAUGUCACUUCUCCUUCAUCCCCAAACUGAACGACACCCAAUACUGCAAACCCUGGCUGAGAGCCGAGCCCUGCGAGGGAUACCUGGAGCCCAAUGAGUCGGUGGAGAUCAGUCUGGACGUUUAUGUCAGUAAGGACUCGGUGACGUUGCUCAACUCGGGCCAAGACCUGAUCGAGGACAUUCUGGUCCUUCACCUGGACCGGGGCAAGGACUACUUCCUGACCAUCAGCGGCAGUUACCUGGUCAGCUCCUUCGGGACGUCUCUGGAAGCCCUGUGCCGAAUGAAGCGACCGAUCCGGGAGAUCCCGGUCACCAAACUCAUUGACCUGGGAGAAGACAGCUUCUCGGAGAAGGAGAAAGCCGUGAUGCAGAUGUCGGAGGAGGUGGACGGUACUACUGACAAACCCCUAAAGAUCCCCAAGGAGAUGUGGCUCCUGGUGGAUCACCUGUACAAGAACGCCUGCCGUCAGGAAGAUCUGUUCCAGACGCCAGGAAAACAAGAGGAGCUGCAGCAGAUCAUCGACUGUUUAGACACCAGCAUCCCGGAUAACAUCCCUGGAAGCAACCACUCUGUGGCGGAGGCGCUGCUGAUCUUCCUGGAAGCGUUACCGGAGCCGGUGAUCUGCUACGAGCUCUACCAGAGAUGCAUCGACUGCUCGCACGACACACGGCUCUGCCGCCAGGUGAUCUCCCAACUGCCCCGAUGUCACAGAAACGUGUUCCGAUAUUUAAUGUCUUUUCUGCGAGAGCUGCUGAAGUAUACGAGCGACAACAACCUGAACGCCAGCCUGAUCGCGACCGUGUUCACCACCCUUCUCCUCCGGCCUCCGCCAAACCUGGUAGGAAAGCAGACGGCGAGCGAGCGUCAGCGGGGCAGCACCUUCAUCCUGGGGUUCCUGCUGGCAGGUGACGAGGAAUGAGCCGCGACUUAACCCCCUGGACUCUGUAAUGGAGGAGAAUAUACGGCACAAGACUGCGAGCUGCGGCUCUGUACGGGAAUCGGGUGCACUCGCUGCGGCUCUGUACGGGAAUCGGGUGCACUCGCUGCGGCUCUGUACGGGAAUCGGGUGCACUCGCUGCGGCUCUGUACGGGAAUCGGGUGCACUCGCUGCGGCUCUGUACGGGAAUCGGGUGCACUCGCUGCGGCUCUGUACGGUAAUCGGGUGCACUCGCUGCGGAGCGACCUGUGGGGGGGGGGAGGGACACGAGUCGCCUCUUAGGACAUUUCCUGUGUUGUCUCUGGUGCCAUAGUCCGCGUGUCGUCCGCUGUUCCCGAUAUAAGUGCCCUUGCUCCGCUCCCGUAGUAUUUAUGAAGUGACUUCGUCCGCCCCAUUUCAUGGUAUUUAUACAGCGUUUCGUAUUAGAGAAAGGAAAAAAUCCCUGUUAAAUUACAGUUUUUUUUUUUUUUUAAAUCUCUUCCAGGAAAAGCUGGGUGACAACAAAUAUGGCCUCCAUGUCAACUCCUUACAGCAGUGUUUCACAACCAGGGUGCCUCCAGCUGUUGCGAAACUAAAAUGCCAACCUGCCUGUGGGAGUAACCUAUAGGGAACCAUGUCUGAAGGAUCGCCAUUCCAUUGGGCUGAGAGCAGUGUUUCCCAACCAAGGUGCCUCCAGCUGUUGCAAAACUAAUUUUGCAACUGCUGGGCGCAUGCUGGUUGGGAAGCACUGCCUUACAGUUUAUCCUAGAACCCAGCUUUCUCAGGCUUCUGAAUGGUGCAUCUGAAAUGUGCCUCCAGCUGUUGCAAAACUACAACUUCCAGCAUGCCCGGAAAGCACCAACAGCUGGGCGCACGCUGGUUGGAAGGCACUGCCCUACAAUUUAUCCAAGCACCAAGCUUUCUCAGGCCUCUGAAUGGUGCAUCUUAAAUGUGCCUCCAGCUGUUGUAAAACUACAACUUCCAGCAUGCUCAGACAGCCCAACAGCUUGGCGCACACUGGUUGGGAAGCAUUGGCUUAGAGUUUAUUCAAGCACCCAGCUUUCUCAGGCUUCUGAAUGGUGCAUCUGAAAAGUGCCUCCAGCUGUUGCAAAACUACAACUUCCAACAUGCCCGGACAGCCUUCGGCUGUCCGGGCAUGCUGGAAGUUGUAGUUUUGUAACAGCUGGGCGCACGCUAGUUGGGAAGCACUGCCUUACAGUUUAUACUAUCACCCAGCUUUCUCAGGCUUCUGAAUGGUGCAUCUGUCUGAGUGAUGCAGCCGUGCCAAGUCCCAUAACAGCAGAUUUGCCUUUCAGAAGUCUGGGAAAGCUGUGUGAUUAUCUAUUUGGGAGAUGUCAUGGCUGCCAUGUGAGUGGGGGGGGGAUGGUCACCGAUCUUUCUCAGAAGCAGCACAUAGACUUGACAGAAGAGGGCGACUCGCGGACUUGUUAUUUAUUAGGGAUGUUUUUCAUAUUUUUUGUGAUUUUUCACGUUUUGUUUUUUUUCCCUCCACACUCGGAGCUCACACCCUUGAGGUACAACACUAUCCGGCCCCUUAGGCCUCCCCUAUCCCGAGCUCAUCUUGUGCAAUGAUAACUAAAUGUCGGCAUGAACGCCAUAGAGGAGCCCUGCAGGGGGCGCCAGAGUAUACAAAAAAAAAGCCAAACCUAUUGACUAGAUUUUCCCCUUUUACAAAAUGGUACAAAAUUCUGGUGACCCCCUCCCCCAAACUGUUUAAGGAACAUUAUACCGAAACACUACAUGACAUUGAGGUGAAACUACACAAAUUAAAAAUGUAUCGAAUCACAUGGAACCGGCAGCGCCGCGGACUACCACAAAUAUCGCCCGUCUCUGUUGUGCCGCUGGUCCCUGGGUUGUUGGGAUUUUCUUGAUUUAUUUACUUGCGAUGGCCCAUUUUAUUCUGCAUUCACAUCCAAAGCUGCAUUUACUGUUCUACUGGAUUGUCCUGAGCUCACGUCUCUAUGUCGCCCCCUGCUGGUUCAGUAGCUGUACAUGACAUGUUCUUCUGGGUACAUUGUAGUAUAUUUGUGACACACUCCAUAACACAUUUUGGUCUCUAGUCAUGUCCAAAGCUGCAUUUUCAUCUUCUAGAUUGUUAGCUUUAUUCUCACUUCUCAUCUCUUUGUCACCCCCUGCUGGUUCAGUGGCUGUACAGCACGUGUUACUUUGAAUAUAUUGUGGUGUAUCUGUGGCAUUCACACAGUCCAAAUCACAGUCACUUCCAGAGCUGCAUUUACAAUUUUACAUUUUUUUCUUUAUUCUCAGCUCACGUCUCUAUACCACCCCCUGCUUGUGCAGUAUCUGUACAGGACAUGUUCUUCUGCUUAUAUUGUGGUAUAUUUGUGAACUCUACUUUACUCCAUCCCACGUCUUAUUCUUAUCCUUCCAGAUUUUUCUUUCUUCUUACCUCAUGUCUCCAUGCUACCCCCUGCUAGUUCAGUAGCUGUACAGGACAUGUUCUUCCAGGUACAAUGUAGUAUAUUUGUAACACACACAUACUCCAUACCACAUCUUCUCCUCUGGUUAUGUCCAAAGCUGCAUUUUUACCUUCCAGAUUUUUUUCUUAAUUGUGACACAUCUUCUUGUCACUUCCUGCUGGUUCAGUGGCUGUAUACAUUGUGGUGUGUCUGUAUUGUGUCCACAGUCCAUAUCACAUCUUACUCCCCAGUCACAUCCAAAGCUGUAUCUGCACGUCUCCUUUUCCUUUAUUCUGACUUCACAUCUCAUGCCAAGUCCUGCUGGUUCAGGAGCUGUACAGAACAUGUUGCUGUGGAGAUAUUGUGGUAUAUUUGUGACACACAGUCCACAUCACAUCUCAGUCUCCAGUCACUUCCAAAACUGCAGUUACAAUUCUCAUUAUUUUCUGACCUUACAUCUUCAUGACACCUCCUUCUUGUUCAUUAGCUGUACAGGACAUGUUCUUCUGGGUACAUUGUAGUACAUUUGUGACAUACACACUCCAUGCCACAUCUUGGUCUCUAGUCAUGUCCAAAGCUGCAUUUUCAUCUUCUAUAUUGUUAGCUAUAUUUUUACUCACAUCACCUGCUGGUUCAGUGGCUGUAAAGCACGUGUUACUUUGAAUAUAUUGUGAUGUAUCUGUGACAGUCACACAGUCCAAAUCACUGUCACUUCCAGAGCUGCAUUUACAAUUCGACUUUUUUUUUUCUUUGUUCUCAGCUCACGUCUCUAUACCACCCCCUGCUGGUUCAGUAGCUGUACAGAACAAGUUGCUGUGGAUACAUUGUGGUAUAUCUCUGACAUACACACAGUCCACAUCACAUCUCAGUCUCCAGUCACUUCCAAAGCUGCAGUGACAAUUCUCCUUAUUUUCUGACUAGAUCUUCAUGACGGCUCCUUCUGGUGCAGUGUCUGUACAGAUCACUUGGUAUAUAUUUGUGACAUACGCACAGUAUAUAGAGACGGGACCUCAACAUUGUCUAUAGUGCAAUACUGAACCAGCAGAGAUUCCACAGCACAGGACCUGGGAACCAGCAGGCUGUCUAUUGCAGCUUUGGAUGUGACUGGAGUAUUUGGGUUUCCCAAUAUAAUCCCUACUUGGUGCAGGAUGAUUAAUGCAGGGGGCCCCAAAUAUUUUGAACUUUAUAUGAAGAUUAUAUCCAGAUCUGAAAAGUGCUGCAAAGAGUAAGAACGUUGCUUUAUGGUAAAAAAAAAAAACUGUCAUGUGGCUAAUUCUGGAGCAGAAACCAUCUGAAUUGUGUUGUGACUUAUUUUUGUCUUACAUUGUGGAGAGGGGGGAAAUUCUUUAAAAAAAAAAUAUUUUAUUUGCGUCUUUAUUUAUUUUUCUAGGUUUAAGAAUUAAAUGAGUAAAAUAUUUGGAUUUAUUUUCAAUAUAUUUUUUUUUUUUUUUUUAGGAAAUACAGAUGUAAAAAUGUUUAUGCAAUGUUUCUUUUUACAAGAUCUGUUGUAAAAUGCCACCCAGGCAAGAUAUGAAUGACUCCAUAGAUAAACCCUUUCAAUGACUUAAUUUAGGAGUGCAAUCAGUCAGCAUGUCUGUGGGGGAGGGGCUUUUUGUAAAUUUAGGGUAUAAAAUUGCCAAAGAGUUCACUAUACACCAAAGUAUAAGACACCUCAUGAGAACCUUAGGACAAACCAACCAAAUCCAUAUGGUACCGCCA